AUGGAAACCACAUCAAAACAAAAUCUGUGGUGGACGGGGGGAGCUACACAUCAUUCGCAGAGGCACCGCCAGCCCCCUGAAGAGGAUGACAUUCUGUCAGAGGUGGCCGCCCACUGCCACUGUACAUUGGAGGAGUUAGAAGAUGUAUAUGCAUGCACCGCGCUUCAGGAAGGCAUGAUGGCCACCACCGUUAAGGACCCAAGUGCGUAUACAGUGGAAUAUGAGUUUCACCUUGCGCCAGGGAUUGAUGCCAAACGACUGCGGGAUGCAUGGAAUCGGACCUCUCAAGCCAACCCGAUUCUUCGAACACGAAUUGUCCCCACCAGCCAGCGAGGCGUAAUGCAGGCAGUGGUGAAAGGGCCGGUCCCUUGGCACGAGGAGUCCGACGACGAUGGGAUGCCCAAUAUGACGAGCAGCGUGGCCUGGAGGGCGGGUGCGCCUCUGGUCUACUUAACCCUCCAUCUUACCAAGCAUAGUUUGACCAUGAUGAUCCAUCAUUCAAUCUGCGACGACUGGUCCAUUGCACUACUACUGCGUCAGGUGGACGAGGCCUACAGAGGCCAAGAAUUGGUUCACCGUCCGUUUCGACCGCUGGUUGAAUAUGUACAGUCUACACGAACACAAGCUGAAGCAUUUUGGGAACAGGAGUUCCGAGAUGCGCACAAGACUUCCAUGACUUCAUUCCCUCAUAUUCCAACAGCCGGGUAUGUUUCUCGACCAACGUGCCAGCUGGAGAAGACAUUCGAUAUCCAACCGAGCUCCCGUGCUGGGUUUACAGUCAACACUAAGCUCCGCCUGGCUUGGGCAGUGUUGCAAUAUCUCUACACGGGAUCCGACGAUACCCUGUUUGGAACCGUCAACGCCGGUCGCGGGGUGUCGGUUCCUGGAGUCCAAGAACUGAGCGGACCCGCCGUCGCCACGGUCCCUGUUCGCGUCCGCCUAUGCAGGAGUCACACUGUAGCCGAGGCUCUCGCUGCUGUACAGGAGCAAUGGGCGGCCAUGAUGCAAUUUGAACAGGUUGGGUUGCAGAAUCUACUUCAUCUUGGUCCGGGCCCUAAGGCUGCCUGUCAAUUCCAAACGUUGCUGUCGGUGGAACCGCGCGACGGCCAUCAACUACCCGCUUUAUUUUCGAAACAUCAAUCAACACAGAGAAACUAUGACCUGUACGCGUUGGUUCUUCGGUGUCGGCCUUCUAGCAACGCUAUGUGGAUCGAGGCGCGUUUCGAUCCGGGGGUCAUAGAUUCUCGGCAAACUGAGCGGAUUCUUUCUCAACUUGCCCACAUCUACGAGCAGAUCGACGAGGAGUCUGACCUGCUUCUUUCAGAGCUUGAUCCACGCACAGAUCAGCAGCUUCAGGCACCUGCAAUCAGCAGCUGGGAUGGCGAACUCUCAUACCAGAGCUUGGAUAUAAUAUCAUCUGCACUGGCUGCUCAGCUAUCGCAAUACUCAGUGGCUCGUGGCAUGUUUGUCCCAUUGUGUCUAGGGAAGUCAAAAUGGACAGCAGUGACCAUGCUCGCAGUGAUGAAAGUCGGGGCUGCAUUUGUCUUACUAGAUCCAUCUUAUCCAGUUUCUCGACUGCGAACCAUGUGUGAAACACUCGGAGCGAAUGUGAUUGUGACUUCGAAUGCUCAUGCCUCUGUGGCCUCUCGCCUGGGAGUCGCAACGAAUCUCAAUGUCGAUAGCCUCGAUUUGAAGCAGAACAGCAGUGACCCUUUUUCCACACCCACAAUUUCUCCCUUUGAUCCUGUUUACGCUACAUUCACUUCUGGCUCCACUGGUAAUCCCAAGUGUGUCAUUGUCACCCACGCCGGUUAUGCAUCUAGUGCUUUGGCACAUGGAGAGCCAUACCACUUUACACCACAGUCGCGCAUCUUGCAAUUCGCAUCACCGGCCUUCGAUUCAUGCAUCAUUGAGCACCUGUCUACUCUGAUCAUGGGAGGUUGCGUGUGCAUUCCUUCAGCUGCAGACUGUCAAAGCCGACUUACGGAGGUGAUCAAUGAAUUCGCAGUGGAUGUGGCUUGCCUGACACCUACCGUAACUAGGAUUCUCUCACCAAGCCGCAUGGAUACCCUCAAGGUUCUGGUAUUCGUCGGAGAAGCCGUGUUGGCAAGUGACGUGGUCCGCUGGGAGUCACACGUUCAGGUCCGCAACGCAUACGGCCCUGCUGAAUGUUCAGCGGUCUUCAGCAUUCAGCCACAUCUUCAGUCAGAAGACCCAGCAAAUAUAGGAUUUUCUACAGGAGGUGUUGGAUGGGUUGUUAAUCCCGAAGAUCACAACCGCCUAAUGCCACUGGGAUGCCCCGGUGAGUUGGUUAUUGAAGGCCUGAUUGUUGGAAACGGGUAUCUGUCAAAUUUCCAACAAACAUCCAAGGUCUUCAUUGUUGCUCCGCCGUGGCGGCGGCGAUUUGGAGAUGCACCAUCCCGCCAGCUAUAUAAAACUGGCGACUUAGUACAACACACAGGGGAUGGCAGCUUCCGGUAUCUCGGACGAAAGGAUACUCAGGUGAAGCUGCACGGCCAACGGUUGGAGUUGGCAGAUAUAGAGCAUCAUCUCUGUCAUGCAUUUCCCCUAGCAGAACAGGCUGUCGCUGAGAUGCUGCGGUCAUCAAGCGAUGAUGGCCGCCCGGAUGCUCUCCUUGUUGCGUUCAUUUGUUUCGCUUCGUCAUCGUCUUCGGGGGAUGAUGGGCUUGAGAAGCCUCUAUUCUUGCCUCCAAACGCUGAAUUUCGCGGAGCAUGCUCCAUGGCUGAGUCUCGCCUAUCAGAGUCCCUGCCAUCUUUCAUGGUUCCGGCCAUCUUUUUCCCAAUAUCCCACGUUCCUUUGACUCCAUCUGGGAAGACUGAUCGACGCUAUUUCCGCGAAAAGGCAGCAUUGCUAUCUUGGGAGCAAAUGCAAGAGUACCGAGCGGCGCAGAUCAAGCCACAGUCUCCUUCAGGAGCGCGCGAAGAGCAGUUACAGCAGAUCUGGGCGCAAACUCUAAACAGGCCGAUCAACCAGAUUGGAGUGAAUGAAAGCUUUUUCCGGCUUGGAGGCGACUCGGUCAGUGCCAUGCAGGUGGCUGCUAGUUGUCAAGCUGCUGGUCUUAAUGUAAUGGUCUCCGACAUAUUCCGCUUCCCCAGCAUCAGCAAGCUGGCCCAGAAGAUCCAGGAAUCCAACGAACCGCAAACAAAAAGUAAGCAUUUGGCGGAGGAUGCAACUGAGAGCUGGUUUGGUCUGUCUCCCAUCCAACAGCUCUUCUUCGAGCAUGUCCCAGAUGGACACCACAGAUUCACGCAAGAGUUUUUGCUCCGUGUCACAAAGCCGACCCCAGCUUCCAAGAUCAAACAAGCUGUUGAGGAUUUGACAACUCGGCAUGCAAUGCUUCGGGCUCGUUUCAAGCAAAGUGAUGAUGGCGACUGGGAACAGAUUUUGUCUUCUAUCAAAGAACAUACAACUCUACAAUCGAUCUUUGGUGACAGCCAGAGCAGCCUUAACAUUGAAGACGGGCCAAUGCUUGUCGUUGACCUCAUCGAAACAGAGACACAUGAGCAAUACCUGGGCUUGAUGGCGCAUCAUCUGGUCAUUGAUUUGGUCUCUUGGCGGGUGCUGCUCCAGGAUCUUGAAGAUAUUCUUACUACAGGGUCUCCUCUACAACCAGCUUCUGUGUCGUUCCAAAAGUGGUGCCACUUGCAACAAGCCUACACAGAGGAGUCCCUGGAUCCCGAAACAGCCCUAUCUACAGAUAUUCCAGCUGCUCCUCUUCGCUACUGGGGACCACCGGCCAAAUUAGCCAACAACAGAUGGGCAGACACGGCCGAGCAGUCCAUCCGACUAUCUCAAGAAGUAACACAGUCAGUCCUUGGUGCUGCCAAUGACGCUUUUCACACUCGUCCUGUCGAAAUCAUCCAAACUGCCAUUUUGUAUGCGUUUGUUCAAGCAUUUGAUAACAGACCUGCGCCGGCUAUCUUCAGCGAAGGUCACGGACGGGAGCCAUGGGAUCCUUCAAUUGAAAUUUCUCGGACCGUUGGUUGGUUCACCACAAUCGCACCGGUCUUCGUGAGGGCGAAGAAAGGGCAAGACUUUACGGAGCUUCUCCAGCUGACCAAGGACGGCCGCCGAGCCAUUCCGCGCAAUGGAUGGGCCUAUUUUGCCUCGCGGUAUCUUCAUCCCGAAGGCAUGAACUACUGCGCGGCCCAUUCGCCAAUGGAGAUACUAUUCAACUACACCGGUUUGUUUCAACAGCUUGAGCGACCUGGUGCUCUUCUUCAGUUGCAGUCUGUCCCUGACCAGGCAUUGGUUCCAAUGCCUGCAGACUUGCCGCGCUUUGCCCUCAUCGAUGUGACAGCAUCAGUGACAGAUGGAUGCCUAAAUAUUGCAUUUGUCUACAACAAACAUAUGAAAAACCAAGAGCGACUUCAACAAUGGGUGCAGACAUGUCAAGGAAUUCUUCAAGAAGUGCCUGAGAUAUUGCAGCAGGGACAGCGACUUACAGUAUCGGAUUUCCCGUUGUUGCCGAAUACGACCAAUGAACAGCUCCAGGAGCUACUGCAUCAAAUCUCCCAUCAGUUUGAUAUAUCCUUAUCCAAUAUCGAAGAUAUAUAUCCUUGCUCUCAUAUUCAACUCGGUAUGUGGCUGAGCCACGCGAAAAACCCGCAGAUGUAUUGGUCGCAUAUCAGGUGGAUUGUGCACCGCUCAUCCAGCGAGUCUCCGCUUAUCGAAAUUUCGAGGAUCAAAGGGGCCUGGCAACAAGUGGUUGAUCGCCACCCAAUUUUACGUACCGUGUUUACUGAAAGGACUGGCGAGCAUAGCUUGCAAGUUGUGUUCAAAUCGUCUCCGGGAAACAUCGAGGUGGUUUCACAGGAUGAGGCAUCAUUGAGAGAUGAUGAGACUCUAUCACCUUCUUCCUACCAGUCAUUAUUGAAUCAGAGUCAUUUAAGCCAGGAGGGACAGACACCUCAUAAGCUCAAACUCACCAUUCAACGUGGUGGUGAUGUUUUCUGCGAACUGAGCAUCCAUCACAUGCUCGUUGACGGCGUGACCUGGCAAAUCUUCCUAUCUGACUUCCACCGUGCGUAUCAUGGGCAGUUGGAGAGUGAGCCAACAGGCGCAUACAGCACAUACCUUCGAUACCUGCAGACCCAUCAUCUAACGGGGUCAGAGAUGUACUGGAAGCAGUAUUUGGAUGGCGCCAAUGCAUGUAUUUUCCCUUCACUGGUGACCAGGAGCCCCAGAACCGAACCAUCUGCGUUGAAUCUGGUGCCUUUCAGCUUCGAAAUUGCACGUCGCCUGCAAUCUUUCUCUCAACACCAUGGCAUCACCAUUUCUAGCCUGUUACAAGUAGCUUGGGGUGUUGUACUCCGCGUCUAUACGGGGUCAGACUCGGUGUGCUUCGGGUAUUUGAAUUCCUGCCGCGAUAUCCCUGUGCCCAACGCACGCAAGAUGUCCGGACCAUUGAUCAAUCUGCUCAUCUGCCGACUGUCCUUGACUGGGGAUGCAUCGGUGUUGAAGACACUAUUAGAAAACCAGGAUGCACACGCUCGGAAUCUCGAACAUCAGCAUUGCUCUUUAGCGGAAGUCAUGCAUUCCCUGAACCUCGCGUGCCAGCCACUAUUUAACACCGCCAUGUCCCUGCAGAGGGAGGCUGCGGAGCUGAUGCCUAGUGAUUAUCCAUCAGAGAUCAAUCUUGAAGGGCCUCUUGGGAUCGACUCUACUGAGUAUGACUUAACGGUCAAUAUCAUCGUUGGCGAUGAAAAGAUCAGCGGAGACCUGACUUACUGGUCCCACGUUGUGACCGAUGCACAGGCGGAGUUGGUGUCCGACACCUUCUUCCAUGUUCUGUCGCAGCUCAUUGAUCCUUCCAAUGCUCACAUGAGCCAGCUAGAUCCGCUAGGUCCAAUGAGUCGUGACCGGCUACUUCAACGGAACCAGUUCGUGCCACAGGCCGCACAAACCUGUAUUCAUACCGACAUCCAGCAGUAUAGCCGUGCUCACGUUACAGCAUCUGCAGUUUGUGACACGGAUGGCGAUAUGACAUACGGGCAGCUUGACCAGGCCUCCUCCAUUCUGGCCCAGCAUCUUGAAGGAAACGGAGUGGGUGCUGACGUGUUUGUGCCUGUGUGCUGCGAGAAGUCCCGCUGGGUCGUGGUGGCCGUUCUGGCCGUCCUGAAGGCUGGUGGAGCUUUCAUCUUGCUGGACCCAACACAUCCCGCCGAGAGAUUACAAGGGAUGGUGAAUCAAGAUUUCCUGUGCCCUGUCAUUCUCGCCUCCACGAAGCAUGUGGAUUUGGCAGCCAGCAUUGUUCCGAGGGUCCUUCACAUCGAGACUGAUGCCUCAAAUUGGACUGUAGGUGAUGAGGUAGUAGAGCUUCCAGCAAUAACCCCAAGGGCUGCAGCCUAUGCAGUGUUUACCUCUGGUUCUACCGGAAAGCCCAAAGCAAGCGUCAUUGAGCACCAGGCAUUCCGCUCCGCAGCAGAGGCUCACUCUCGGGCUUUAAGACUGCGUGAAGGCUCCCGUGUCCUUCAAUUUGCCUCAUAUGCGUUUGACGCGAGUAUCGUGGAGAUACUAACAACGCUUCUUGUGGGCGGAUGUAUUUGCAUCCCCAAUGAGAUUGACAGAGCUCGGAGGCUAUCUGAAGUAAUUCAAGAUAUGCGAGUGACUUGGGCGUUGCUCACACCUUCUGUAGCUCGUAUUCUCAAACCUGGACAGGUUUCAACUCUGGAAACUCUCGUUCUUGGUGGUGAGGGCAUGAGUGAAAAUGAUGUGCGCUUGUGGUCAUCCCAUGUUCAUUUGAUGAACGCCUAUGGCCCCUCUGAGUGCUCUGUCGUCGCCACAGUCCAACCUUCUCCUCAAUGCCUUUUGAAGGACCCGGCAAACAUCGGAUUCCCGGUCGGAUGUCUCGCUUGGGUGGUCGAUACCCAAGCACCGGAAAAGCCCAUGCCCAUUGGAGCAGUGGGAGAACUCCUCAUCGAGGGACCCAUCGUCGGGCGCGGUUAUGUCAAUAGACCGGAUCAUACGAAGGCCGCUUUCCUCCCUUAUCCUUCAUGGCUGCAUCACAUCCGUGGGACUGAACAGGGUAGUCUCUAUAGAACGGGCGACCGGGCCCGGAUUCUCGAAGAUGGAUCUAUCCACUAUUUGGGACGGAAAGAUAGACAGGUCAAAUUGCACGGCCAGCGCAUUGAACUGGGCGAAAUCGAGCAUCAGAUCCGACAGUGCUGGCCCGAAUGUGAUCCACUGGUCUUCGUGGAUCUAGUCAAGCCUCUUAAUUCUACCAACACAUAUCUAGUUGCCUCAAUCGUCUAUCUUGACGAGAAUGUCAAAGACCGCGCCUUUGAAGGGGCAGUGGAGGAGACUGAACUGAGGCUUCAAGGCAGGGUUCCCGCGUUCCUUAUUCCGUCUGCAUUUCUGCCCAUUGCUGGAGUGCCACGACUGCCUAACGGAAAGGUGGAUCGGCGCCGGCUCUGCGAUGAAGCGUCGCGUGACCUUCAAAUACGGAUGGACCAAUCUGAGGGCAGUCCAAAGACAAGACAGCGCAUGGAGACCACCAAAGACGAGCAACUGUUACAGCAGCUGUGGGCACAGGUACUCCAUCGUGAAGUAGAUAGCAUCGGUCCGGAUGACAACUUCUUCCGAUUGGGCGGAGACUCUAUUCUUGUCAUGAAACUAGCGUCUGCGGCUGCUACUCAAGGGCUUAAACUAUCUGUGCCUGACGUGUUCCUGCAUCCUAGAUUGAAGGAUCUCGCACGACUUCAUGUCCGCCAACAGACAAAACCACCGGAAACGGAAGCACUAGAAUCAAUACACGAAGAAGACGCCAUUCCUCCGUUAUCGUUGCUUCCUUCAGCCCAGCGAGAGACCGCUAAGAGGGAGACGAUGAGUCAAUGUGAUGUGACAGCGGAGCAAAUUGAGGACAUUUAUCCUUGCACAGCAUUGCAAGCUGGUCUGGCUGCGUUAACGGCAGAAAGACCGGGCUCCUAUAUUGCACAUCACUAUUUCAAACUGGCUCCAAAAAUCAAUCUGGAUAGGCUGAAGACAGCUUGGGAAAGGGUUUCUUCUCAAAUCAGCAUUCUUCGCACGCGUCUUGUUCAAACCGAGUUUGGGUGUCUGCAAGCGAUAAUCCGCGACUGCGAACUCAGUUGGAAAGUUGCUACUGGUGACCAAAACAAAGAUCAAGAACCAACCUGGGAGAUGCUUUUUGGCCAACGGCUCAUCCAUUUUGAGAUUGAUAUGAAGCCAGAACACAUUGAACUGAGCAUAACCGUGCACCAUGCGGUUUACGAUGCCUGGUCGCUGCCUCUUCUCCUCCAAUGGGCGCAGCUGGCGUAUGACGACCUUGGAUCACCAAAAUUGCGCUGUGCUCCAUUCCAGAGAUUCAUCCAAUAUACAAUGAGCCAAAAGGAAAAAUCUCUUCAAUAUUGGCAUGAUAAACUUAGCAGCUUUGAUGCUGACCCAUUCCCUUCCAUUCCCUUCCCAUCCUAUCGACCCCAGACGCCGAAAAAGGUCCAGCGUACCAUUGCCACUGGCCCGGUGAUGGAUGGACUGGUUAGUCGAACUACAGCGAGCCGACUAGCAUGGGCUCUGGUACAAUCACAGUAUCAAAGCGGCGACACUGUUGUUUUUGGGGUCGUCUCAUCCGGUCGUUCAGCGCCGGUCCGUGGUAUUGAGAUGAUGGCUGGCCCCACGAUUGCCACGAUACCCCUGUCCGUUUCGGUGGAUAACAACGUGACAGUGUCGCAGGCUCUUAUAGAUCUACAAGAACAGAUGCUGCAACUCAUCCCAUACGAGCAAGUCGGAUUGUCUCAAAUCGCUUCGGUUGGGCCGGGAGCGAUGCAAGCAUGUUCGUUUCAGACCCUCCUGAUUGAGGGAAGAGAUGAGGCCCACGAUGAGCCAUUGGGCAAUGCCCAGCCUCUUAAAACAUUCUCCGGGGAUGAUGCGGCAAAUACAUAUGUUUUGGAACUGACCAUUAUCCUCGGAACUGAUAAGACCACUGUGGAGGCGGCCUUCGAUGAAACAGUUCUACCAGAAUGGCAAAUCCAGCGGAUUCUGGACCAAUUUGGUCACAUUCUACAGCGCGUCCACAAAGAGCCACAGCGUUUAGUGAAGGAAAUCUCGACGGUCAACUCAAGGGAUCUCCAGGAUCUGAAGAUGUGGAAUAGAGAAAUUCCUGAUUUGGACUCUCGAACGGCGAUUGAAGUCAUUCGAGGGCAUUGUGCUAACCAGCCAUCGGCGCCAGCUGUCUGCGCCUGGGAUGGCAACUUAUCCUACGGGGAGUUAGAUACCCGAUCUGAUACCUUGGCAAGAGCAGUUUGCUCUUGGGGAGUUGGACCAGAUAUGUUCAUUCCGAUCUAUCUUGAUCGGUCACGCUGGACCGCUGUUGCGGUUUUGGCCGUUCUCAAGGCUGGCGCCGCCUUUGUGCUGCUCGACACGUUCCAUCCUCACGGACGACUGCGCACUAUUUGCGAGGAGCUGCAGGCACCUAUCAUAAUUACCUCCAUCAACCACCAGGCUGCAGCGCAAUCGCUGGUAUCAAACACCGUAGUGGUGACGGCAGGUCCUGGCGCUGGAAGUUCAAGCGAAAUCAGAAGCCCUCCUGCCAACCCGCACCGGGCUCUUUACGCUGUUUUUACAUCCGGCUCCACUGGAAAACCAAAAGCCGCUGUCGUUGAGAAUGGGUCCUUUGCGACAAUGGCCGUCCCAUAUGCUCGGGAGAUGAGGCUUAACAGGAACUCUCGGAUGCUCCAUUUUGCAUCUUAUGCUUUCGACGUCAGUAUCCUUGAGAUUCUUGGGACGCUGUUCAUUGGAAGUUGUGUCUGCGUCUUGUCAGAAUCUGAACGGAGAGAUCACCUGGGUCGGGCCGUCACAAACUUGCAGCCAUCUCAUGCGAUAUUAACACCGUCUGUGCUGCGGGUAGUGAGCCCGGCAGAUUUGAGCUCAGUGCAUACCAUCAUGCUGAUAGGAGAGCCAGUCCGAGAAAGUGACAUCCGGCAGUGGGCCGAUAAAGUGCACCUUUUGAACACAUAUGGGCCUGCUGAGUGUACAGUGGUCUUCACAAUGAAACCGUCUCUCAAUCUCAACGGCGGUGAGGCUGCCAACAUUGGGGUCUCCAUUGCAGGGGCAUCAUGGGUAACCGAUCCCAGAGACCCUCAACGAUUACUUCCUAUCGGCGCUGUGGGUGAGCUUCUUCUGCAAGGGCCCCUAGUUGGCCGCGGAUACCUGAAUAAUACACAGCAAACCGAGGCUUCGUUUGUUCCCUGCCCAUCCUGGAUGCAUGAACAACUGUGGUUGGCAGAUGAUAGGGAUAGCAACAGGCGUGUGUACCGUACAGGUGAUCUAGUUCGGUACGACAUAGAUGGAUCACUCUGCUUUAUAGGAAGACGAGACUACCAGGUCAAGCUUCGUGGACAACGGUUUGAACUUGGCGAAGUGGAAUCUCAGGUGCAGCACAAUUUCCCUGCAGAUAUUGAAGAUGUGGUGGCCCAUAUUAUCACUCCGGCAGGCGCAGUGAAGAACCCGUGCCUGGCAGUGUUCAUCGCGCUUAAAGGUAAUACUGGCUCACUGGGGCCCACUCCUUCCUCGCUGUUACCGUCAUUGGAUGUCGUGAUACCGACGGGAUUUGGGGAGAUGGUCAACGCUGUCAAAAGACGACUCGAAGAUGUUCUGCCAGAGUACAUGAUACCCAAUAUCUUUGUACCGUUCAAACACCUGCCUCGGACCACUGGCGGGAAGCUAGACCGGUCGCGACUGCGGGACUCUGUCGCAAAGGUAUCGCGGCAAGACUUGGAUUCCAUGUUCAUGCCGAAGACUUCAGAUAAGAGACGAAACACCGCAACCACCACGGAGAGCACCCUGCAGAAAAUCUGGGCACAAGCACUGGGAAUCGUUGCCGACCAAAUCGGUGUGGAGGAUAGCUUCUUCCGUCUCGGCGGGGAUUCUAUUUCCGCUCUCCAGGCCACAUCUCAAGCACGCGCCGUCGGUAUUGCCCAUUCAGUUGGAGAUCUAUUCCAGUGGAGGACAAUUCUACAGGUUGCCAAGCGGUUCGCACCGUCACAUGAGUUGCAUGUUCAGCAAAGAGAUCCUAAUGUGGCCGGUGUAAUCCCCUGUACUCCGGCACAACGGGGCAUCCUGCUGAAUCAGAUGCAAUUUGAACACAAAUAUGCCGCCCACUUCAUCUGGCAAGUUAAUACAAGGGGCGAAAUUGUGGAUGUAGACCGCCUUGUGAAGGCAUGGAAGGCGGUCGUCUCUCGACAUUCAGCCCUGAGAGUCAAGUUUCAGCCAAGCCCGAGCGAUGAUGGUCAGUUCGAGCAGGUUCUGCUUCAUGAAAUCGACACGCCGGUGCACAUAAUACGUGAUGAAAUUUGCCAUGAUGGCGUUGCUGAUGAUUCCAUGCUGCCUGACGCCCUCAUUGAGCCCUCUGCAAAUGUAGGGUGGCGCAACGACGGCCAGUCCAUACCGCAUCAACUCACCGUUCAUUCCAACUACUCUGGAGGUGUCUUUUGCCGACUAGACAUUAAUCACGCCAUCUUGGACGGCAUGUCCUUAGCCAUUUUAGAGCUCGAUCUUUGCCAUGCCUAUGAUGCGCCACUGUCAAAAAUGUCCCAGCCAGAUCCGUAUCGGGAAUACAUCAACUAUGUUCAGAAGGAACCGCACGAUGAAGCUCGCAAGUACUGGGAGUCGUAUUUGAAGGAUAUUGAACCAUUGGCCCUUCCACGAGCACGCGUACCUGAGACCGCCUCCGAGUCCUCCACGGAUGUCAUGAAACGGUUGGAGAUAUCGCUGGCCUUCCGUGGAGAGGAUAUAGAGUCAUUCUGUCGCUCAACUGACUGGACUCCAUCCAAUCUUGUUUAUUUUGCCUGGGCCCUGGCACUAUCAGCUUUAACAGGCUCUCAAGAUGUGUGCUUUGCGAUUUCAACAUCGGGGAGGUUGAUUCCAGUCCCUCACAUUGACCGCGCCGUUGGCCAAUUUUCAAACAUGUCGAUAUGUCGUGCACGCAUGGCAUCUGACCUUCUACUCAACGACAUUUCUCUUCAUAUGCAGCAGGAUUACUCUCAAAUUCUAUCCUACCAGUCUUUCCCAUUGGUAGAGAUUGCGCGAGCUGCUGGAGUUCCCAUAGAGGCAUUGGCCUCUACUGGUGUCAUAGUUCAUUACCCGUUGCCAGCGGUAUUGGACCCAGGUAUUCACGAGGUUGCUCUGUAUGUGGUGUUCGAAGACGACGGCCAGAUCCGAGCAGCUCUGACAUACCAUCCAUCGCGUGUAUCACCCUCUUUGGCCACCCAGCUGGCCGACUACUUUGAUCUUGCAGUCUCAAGGAUUCUUCAGCACCCAGAUUCUUCACUUGGCGACUUGGCGCUUCUAAGCGACCAUGAUCAACAACGCCUACGUUCCUGGAAUGGUGCACUGCCAAGUCCUGUGCCGUUUGGGAUUCACGAAAUAAUCGAAGAACGCACGAAAAAACAGCCAACUCAUCAAGCAGUCUCCAGCUGGGAUGGUGAAUUCACUUACAGCGAGCUCGAUCAGCUGGCGUCACAGCUAGCUGAAAAACUGCAGAAAACAGGAAUUCGUGCUGCUCAACCUAUCCCUCUCUGCUUUGAAAAGUCUUGCUGGACAAUAGUGGCUAUUCUUGCGGUCAUGAAGGCUGGUGGAACGUUUGUGCCGCUUGAUGCCAUGCAGCCGAUGGGGAGACUUCAGGAGCUCUGCCGUCGCCUAAACGUGAACAUCAUCAUAUCGUCUACCGCCCAAGUAGGACUAAGUCGGCUUCUUGCCGAUCAAGUGAUUCAGGUCGGCAACAACAUGACCCUUGAUCACCACGAUCGCCACUAUGCUCAAUCCCACUUCAGCCACCCUACCAACCCUGAACAGGCAGCAUACAUACUCUUUACAUCGGGCAGCACAGGUGCACCCAAAGGAGUCAUGGUAUCGCACUCGUCGUAUACCUUUUCAGCCGACCAACAAAUUCAAGCGUUCUCUCUGAAUCCAUCUUCCCGAGUCUUACAAGCAUCGUCUUACGCAUUCGAUGUGUCUAUGGCGGAAAUUCUCACUACUUUGAUAGCGGGAGCCACCGUCUGCGUGGUUUCUGAUUCGGAGCAGAAUAAGAUGAUGAUGACUGGGGUUUGUCCUGUUCCUGUUUCACACGCAAUGCUAACCCCAUCACUGGCCAGUGGGUUGGACGCGACCAGAGCCUCGUCUUGGUUGCAGACCUUAAUUCUUAUAGGCGAGCCUGUGUCAUCCUCUCACACCAGCCAAUGGGGGAAAGCUGUUACUUUGAUAAACAGCUAUGGCCCAACAGAAUGUGCAGUUUACAGCACAGCAACAUCGGCAAUUCGUCCAGGUGAUGAUCCUCGCAAUAUUGGGCGGCCUUUAGGGGUCCAUGCCUGGGUUGUUGAUAAGGAUGACAAAAACCGGCUACUUCCUCUGGGCGCUGUUGGAGAGUUAGUUCUCGCUGGGCCAGCGGUAGGCAUAGGCUAUUUGGAUGAACCGGAAAAGACCGCCGAAGCCUUCAUGCAAGGCCAACCACCGGUGUGGCUACGAGGUAUGUAUUCGGAGCAGGAAUUAAAGCAAUUGCGGCUUUAUAAGACUGGGGACCUUGUCCGGUAUGAAAUCUCCGAUGGUUCUCUACGCUUUGAGGACCGGAAGGAUCGACAAAUUAAGGUACGGGGGCAGCGUGUGGAGCUGGAGGAUAUUGAACAUCACGUACGGCGGUUCUUCUCUGGGGCAAGCGAGAUUGUGAUCGAGCAGGUGAUGCUCUUGGAAGAGUCAUACUCGGACACGCCAACAACCUCACCGACCGUAGCGAUUCCACGCCUGGUUGCAUGCAUAUACGAUGGAUAUGAGGACAACACAGGCACCGAACAGGAUCUUCUCCAUGUUCCAAGCGACGCUUUUUCUUCUACUGCUGCCAAUGCUCUUCGGCAACUUCGGGACGAUCUCCCGGGGUACAUGAUUCCGGACUUCUUUGUCUCUGUCGCCCAGCUGCCGCGAACGGUAUCAGGAAAGACGGACAAACAGCAGCUAAGCAAGGCUAUUCAGGAAAUUCCACCCCUUGAAUUGCGAGCAUACUUUGCUGCACAGAGAAACAAGAAGCCUUUGGAGACGGAGACGGCUGUGCGGUUGCACGCCAUCCUUACUGGAUUGCUCGAUAUAGCUCCAGAAACAGUCGGUGCAGAUGACAGUUUUUUCCAUCUAGGAGGAGACUCAAUUCUCGCGAUGAAAAUCGCUGCUAACGCCCGUGCACAAGAAAUGGAGAUCAGUUCUCACGAUGUCCUCCGGCAUCCAACAAUAGCGGAGUGGGCCGCCAUUGUCGAUGCGCAGCAGGCGGACGCACUCCCCUCCCAGCAAUAUGUUCCAUACUCAGCGGUCACUGAGGCUGAACGUGCAGCCAUCCUCUCCACUACAACAAACAAAGACCAUCCUUUCGUCUCAGAGAAUGUGGUCGAUAUCUUGCCGGCCGUUGGUUUCCAGUCCUACUAUGUUACCCACUCAUCGCCAGUCUCCACCGCCCAGGUUUUCCCAAUGGGCGUGGACAUUGACCGGCUCCAUAUGGCUUGCAAAAGACUCAUGUCGCACUAUAGCAUUUUACGAACAGUCUUUGUGGAAAUCGACUUCCGGAUCUUCCAAGUCAUCCUCCAAGAGGUUGAGCCGGUCUUCGAUGUCGUCGAAUGUGACGAUCCCGAGGCAUACAUCACCCAGGAAUCUCAGCGAAAGAUCUCUCCAUCUCUGCCUCGAGGAUCGCUGCCUAUGAGCUUCACCGUUGUGACUAGCCCCAAUGGACCGGGUUGCAUCUUCAUCCUUCGGAUAUCGCACGCCCAAUAUGAUGGAGCCUCGUUGCACUUGUUAUGGCAGGCCCUAGCGGCUGCAUACGAAGGAAACACUCUUCCGAAAGCUGUGCAGUUCAGCGAAGUGGUUUAUAAUCGACUCAGUGAUACAAAUGAUGAAGCAUUCUCGUUUUGGCGCAAGUAUCUCCACGACGCUUCCGCCGCCACUCUCGACUUCUUACGUGUUACCUCAACUCCUGCAUCGCAGCAGAACGACAGCACAGCAGUUACCAGCGCAAGACGAGAGAUCACACGAUCCUGUUUCAUUUCUGAGAUUACGUCCUCUACUCUGGUAAAAGCAGCACUGAUAUGGAAAUUGUCAUCUGGUGGUCUGCAUCGCGAUGUUAUUUUCGGCCAGGUCGUUCACGGACGUGGUUGUCCCAUCCCAAAUGUGGACAAGGCCCUUGGGCCUUGCAUCAAUCUCCUACCACUGCGUGUCGUCAUGAGCCUCGAGUGGACUAUCAUGGAUCUUCUGCGGCAUACACAAGUCCAGCAGCUGGAAACACUCUCUUACGACUAUCUCUCAUUUGAAGACAUUGUGCGGAAAUGCACUGAUUGGCCGAGCAACUCCAAGUUUGGCUGUAUUGUCCACCAUCAAGAAGCCGAUGGCGGAGGAUCAUUCGAGAUGGGCGGUAUUCGUGCUUCUUCCAGCUCUAGCUGGGCGAAUUCAAAACUUGAGCAAGGUCAGGUCGGUAUUGUAUCAAUGAAACGGGGAAUGGGCCUCGAUCUUAUGAUCACAGCGACCGGUGACACACUGGAACAGUCGAAAGCGGAGCUGUUGGCAGAUGAACUUGUCGAGGCUAUCCAAUGGUUCUCCGAAUUUCCGGACCGCCCGCUUUCAGAGCUAGCACAGGAAACAAAAUUGUUUGGAGGGAGCUAA